AUGGAUCUGGAGGAUUUUCCACCCUUCCGGCGUUUGCCCUCCGAGCUUAUCAGACUCAUAUUUACCCUUAUAGCCAACGACGAACCCACGAGUCUCCAUGAUCUUAAAUUAGUGAGCAGAUUAUUCUACACUCACGCUAGUAUAGCAGCCCGGUCUAUAAUCUACCGCGAUAUAGCAAUCAAGGUAUGCAGACAUUACGCACUGACGAAAUCGACCCAGGAGAUCGUGAAAGAGCUGGACAAGACAAAGAGCUUCCACUAUGCCCGUCGGCUUAUCAUUGAAGAAAGCCUUUCCACGUGCGAGGCGGAUGCUCCUUGCAAGGCGCGUGUUGACUGGCGCCCACCGAAGCUUAGUGACCUGAGACGCACGGAUCUGGAUGAGCCAUACGAGUCUACGUGCGCUGCAGGCCUACAGGAGACACCAUGGUGCCCCAACACCCGCGAUGCAGAUGUUAGGCUAACCGACAGACGAAACCAUGCAUGGAUGCCUGUGGCAGAGUUGAUUAGAAAUCUGCCUGCGCUGACAGAUCUGUUCUUCAGGUGCGGCGGCCAGUUUCCUGUCUGUCUUCUUGAUGCUCUGCAUGACUGCGCGCCCCGAUCGAGACUACAUCUCCAGACAUUCUCCUUGGACAGCAUGGAUGCCCUCACGGAAGACUCCCAAGAGCACAAGUUGGUAUUCUCGCCAGCCUUGCAUAGUAUCAUGCUGCAGUACAAUGAAAGAGGUGUGCGUAGCUAUGACAACAGCCCUUGCUACCGAAUGAAGACUAUCCAACGUCUGGUCAAGUCGGCCCCGAAUUUGAAAGAACUACAAAUCACCCGUCGCGAAGCCCCACAGAACUUCACAUCCGCCCUUGUACCUAUUCCUUUGCAAAAGCCCAAGACGGACGAGGACGAUACCUCUAUACCUCCUGCAUCGUUGAAACUCCUGAGAAUCAUUGACCAGGUCCCUUUGACAGCCAGGACGCUCCUUGAAUGGGGAAAGCACACGAGAUUCUCCGAGCUAGAAACCCUUGAGCUCUGCUCCCUGGCCAAGCCGAAGGCAUUGAUGAUCUGGUCCCAGCAGCUCAAGUUUCCGAAACUAAAAAUACUCUAUCUACAGCUCAAGGCCCAUGCUUUUCUCGAGGAGGACGCUCCUACCACCGAGUUCUACGAGGCGGCAACCCAUUUCAUAAAGAGCCUCCCUCCACUGAAAGAGCUCUACUUGGAGGGUUGGCACUCGCUGGUGUCUUUGAACCCACUUGUUCGUCACCAUGGCUGUUGCCUGCGUAGGCUGGACCUCGCAGGACCCCAGGCCUGGCAGUGUUUAACCGAACGCGACAUCCUCCAGCUCGGAGAACAUUGUCCCCUCCUGGAAAGCCUGGAUCUCACGAUCCCGCGCUCUCAGGGCGACGCGACCGAAGUCGCCCUUUACAAGGCCAUAGGAACCAUACCACGUCUCAAAUACCUACACUUACACCUCGACAUUUCCGAUGCAACCCUCGGUACAAGCCAAGAUAAUAUGGCAAGGGCAACAGAUACCGAACAAGAGUUCCGCCGGGGUCGCAAUCCAAUCCCCAACACACCCACCAAACCGCCUAGCGAGCCGUCAUUCGACGAGUUCGGCAAUAAAUUCUCCGUCAAAGACGUAGGGGGCCGCUACCGAAGCCGCAACGGCCACAUCCAACGACUAUUCAGAAACAGCGCCGUAGACUCGAACCUAGCGUGCUCGAUCUUCAGAAUCAUAUCCGGAAACAAGGCCGUAGGCUCAUCACUUCUCGAAAGAAUGAUCAUUCGGCUGCAAUGUAGCGCGUUUGAAACGCAUACUCUGUUCAGUCAAUUGGUCCAUAUUUUCCCUUGCGCGUGGUUAGUCGAACGCAAUUCACGCGAUGAUCGUCGUGGUGAGGUGAUGGCUAUGCAGGUGGCUUCGUGUCCUUAUACGAAGACUCUAUUUGGGUCAAAUUUUCUGGAACCAUGGAAGGAGGUUUUCAGAAGUGUUUGGCCGGAGGUUGGGAUGUUCGAAUCGGGAGAUGCUUGGUGGGAUCGUUGGCGUAGCUUUUCUCUUGAAACUGACGAGCUGAUGGUUUGA